AUGGCGUGGUUGCACGGUUCGCGGCUGCUACUCCUGCUGCUUACGACGAUUAUAACGUCGCAGUACCAUCAUGUCCGGGCGCAAGCUGGCCCGGACUCUGCAGUGAUUGAAGUGAACAUGAUGAACUUGACUUCGACCAUGACGAGGACCACCACUUCGAUGAUGACAACGACGACGACGACGACGACAACGGCUAAGCCGGACCGCGCUAAGGAAGCCUUCCUUGCCAUCUCCGACAAGAUGACGCGCUUCGCGACGAGGGAGUUCUACCCUUUCGUCAGCGAGCUCAUCUACGACCCACGGCUCUCCCCCAGGUGCAUUGGGUCUCUCAUGAAGAUCGGAGGGGCGCUGAGGAAGACCGACAUUUGGGCUGUGCAAAUGAUCGACGCGAUGGGCCGACCACCUGCAGGAAUGAUGCUGGGACGCCUGUCCGGAUACGGAGCCUACGAUCUGUGCCUCGCCGUAAGGCACGACGAAGGCCUUUUUCAGGGAAAGUACUGCAUGGUCCAUCUCCGCUACGACGGUGAAGAAAUGUCGCCCAGUGUGAAGAAGGUGGUUACAAGAUUCGCCAACUACCUAGGAUUUGAGAAAGCUGGGAACUUGUCACGCAUGUUUGACAAAGACUUCUUAUCGCUGGCCCCGCUAUACAAGUUCGGACUUUGUGUACCAUCUCUGUGCGAAGCAGAGGACCUGCAGGCCAUUAUGGAUCGCUUGACGGAAGGUUUCGCUCUAAGUCUGAAAGCUCAGUGGUGUGCCAUUGAGGAACCAGUAAAGCUAGAUCAACGACAGACGUUAAUCGUGUGCAUAUUUGCUGUCUGGGUAUCUUUCAUCCUGUUCGGCACCGGCUACGAUAUCUACCGAACGAUGCUAUGGGGUGACGAAUUUACGGACUCUGACAAGACUACGACUGUCGCAGGGUACGUGUCCAAGGCCGUCCGUUCAUUUUCUCUGCGAAGAGCCUUUAAGAAGCUCGUCCAGAUGCCCAACUGGGGCGACUACUCCAAUGAGCUUGGAUUCAUCCACGGAUUUCGCGUACUCUCCGCCACAUGGGUCAUUUUGGGCCAUACAUACCUCAUUAGAGACCCGCACGCACACUCCAAUUUUAUCGGUUUCUUCAAAAGGCUUCGUGAAGACUUCCUCUUCAGCGUCCAGGUGAAUUCGUUCAUGUCAGUGGAGACGUUCCUCGUUAUUACCGGAUUCCUCUCUGGCUACCUCGUGACGAAGGCUCCACGUGUGCACCUGUCACCAGUAAUUGUCAUACUCAUCGCGCUAUUCAGACGCUACGUGAGGCUGAUCGUGCCCAUGUUGGCGCUACUGGGAUUCAUGUAUCUCAUUCCGGCUCUCGUGGAUGGUCCAGCUUUGAGAGACUAUUGGUCCUUGUUUGAGAGGCCAUGCACCAAGCACUGGUGGAAGAUUGUCACGAUGACCGAAAACUACAUGGAUAACUCCAGAGACUUGUGUAUGCCACACUACUGGUACAUCGCAGUGGAUUUCCAGCUCGCUAUAGUCACAACUGUGAUCCUUGCGGUUAUAACGCCCAGGUGGCCAAAGGCUUCCUUGUGGCUUAUGGCCAGCAUCGCGGCGGCAACCUCCCUGGCAACAGCGAUCCAAGUCUACAUCAAACACUCCUUGCCUUUCAACAUCAUUUUUACCACUGACGUCAGGAAGCUGAUCGACAUGCAAAUGGACUUUUAUCUCCAGGCCUACACGCACGCACCACCCCUGUUUAUCGGUCUCAUCUUCGGCUGUCUAGCCACGCAGCGGCACCAGCUGUCAAGGCUCGUUCAAGCCGCUGCGUGGGUGCUGGCAGCCACUGUAUCGCUGGCUGCUCUGCUGGGCGUGCGCACAUGGUCCCAGGGCCGUGAGCCCGAGAGGCUCGAGUCGGCCAUCUACGCAGGCUUCCACCGUGCGUCGUGGGCUCUUGGAGCCGGCUGGGUCAUGUACGCCUGCGUUACGAAACGGGGUGGCCUGGUCAACAGGAUACUGGCUUGGCCAUGCUUCUACCCGCUGGGAAGGCUGUCGUUCUCGGUGUACUUGGUUCAUCUGGUCCUGAUGGCCUGCAACUCGGUGCUAAUUCGGGAACGCCUUCCUCAACACCCGUUUUUACACGCCCAAAUGUACGUGUCCCAGGUGAUCAUGGCCUACGCACUCGCCUCUAUUAUGUACUUACUCGUUGAGUGCCCUGUUGCCGGUCUAGACAACCUGGUGUUCAGCAAGCUGAUGCCCAAAGAAACUAUUUUGAAAGUUAUGCAGGGCAAAGCAACAGCCGAAGAAGUGAAGUACAUCGAAGCCUUGGCUCAAGCAAAAAGCAUGAAAGUGGUUGACCUUGCCUCCAAGCAAGCCAACACCAAUGGAUUUUCUGACUCGACAAAACACAAUGGCGACAACAGACACCUGUGCUACGCCAAUGGUGCUUGCGAAACCGAUAUGAGUGAAGACACGCAGGCAAACGGAGCGGUGAUGUCAGUGAGGUUUUGAGGAAGUUGUCGGGCCCGCCGGUGCACAAUUACAGGCAUUAGUGGUCAAUUUUCUGGACCACAUUUAAUCUUUAUGGUGAUAUAAGUUAUUAUCGCUGAUCGCUUUUUACCCCGAUGUCGAACUUUGUGGAAUAGAGGGGUAAAUUAAAUGAACAGCCUGUAGCGCAUCUUUAGCUCCCGGUCAAUAUGACUUACUUGAAAUGAGAUUGGUCUGCAUAUAACACUUGGGUGCUGCAUUGCCAUUCUUGUAGGCUGAUGCAUGCGUCAAUUCUCGCAGCCAUAUUCACUGCAUGAUACUUGGCCAUAAUUAGAGGUGAAAUAGGUGCCCCACUGUGCACCACGGUCACUUCAGUUGCACCGAACGAAGUCAACUGCGUGCUUUCAACAAAUAGUAUCCAUGUAGCACUUAUAGUAUUAUGCGAUCAUAUAGGCACAUAACCGAAUGUCAUGCUUCGGUCACAUUUUCUAGCCAAAAAUCCCUAAAAAAAGCGAAAUGCGUUUUCAUUGCACGAGUCGAUGCUCACAUCUGCAAAAAUUAUGGGUGCAAAUAUUUCUGCAGCAAAAACAAAAAUAAGUCGCUGUUUGGAGACUAUAUGUUAACAACACUAAGCUUUCCGAUGCAACUCAGCAAUAAAUGAAGUCUAGAUGUGCAGCUCAUUAUUCAUAACCCUGCUUUUAUUCCUUAAAAAAAUAACAGUGAUAAUAAAUCGCUUGAGUGCACGUCACUAACUGACAUCCUCAGAAACUUGAACUGUACGACAAUAAUUUGGGGCAUGGUCAACUGGAAACUUAAACGAGACUUUCAUUCCCUCGAGGCAAUGACUUACUUUCUUCUGCAACGGGCCCCUCUGAGGAAAGCGAGAGGCGAAUGCAGCUCAAAUAAAAUUUUAAACAGCGACUAUUCACCAAUAAUACGCCGUCACGAAAGAUAACUGGAGGUUAGGAGAAUAAAUUUGUACAGUAAAGCCAUAUGAAUUCUGGCGUCGAACUAGGAUGCAAGAAAGCAUAGCAUGUGCAAAGAAUUUGAUCUAGCACGUGAAGUCGUGCUGUCAUCAAAUUUUUCUCGACAGACAGGAGGCAGUGGACUUGCUACACCAAAUCGAUAAUUCAUCCAGUUACACAUCAUGAGUUCUUGUAUUCUGUGUAUAUUAUGAAAU